AUGAGCAAUACGUUAUCCGGUCAAAACAUGCGAUCCAAAGAUCUUAGACCCGCUCCGGCGGAAAUCGAAUUCAAAAACAUGAAAUUUCUCAUAACGGACCGUCCCACUGAUUUGACCAUACAAAAUUACAUACAGGAAUUGAAGAGGCACAACGUUCUCGACGUCGUUCGAGUCUGCGAACCCACGUAUAAAAUCUCAGAGCUUAAAAACGAAGGAAUCAACGUGACGGAUUUAGCUUUCGAAGAUGGAACAUCUCCGCCCCAGGAGAUUGUCGAAAUGUGGUUCGAUCUUCUAAGGGCUAGGUUUACCGAAUCUCCCGGAGCUUGUGUGGCUGUUCACUGCGUUGCCGGACUCGGAAGAGCUCCGGUCCUCGUCGCUUUAGCAUUAAUAGAAUUAGGAAUGAAAUACGAGGAUGCCGUUGAUUUUAUUAGAAUGAAAAGAAGAGGAGCGAUAAAUGCUAAACAAUUGGCUUUCUUAGAAAAAUAUAAACCUAAAUCUCGAUUAAAAUUAAAAAAUGGUCAAAAAAGCACGUCGUGCGUCAUACAAUAG